GUUGCGAACGAAAUAGCUCAGUGAAGAGAUCUUUGUGGUGACAGAGUUUUGUGGCAGAGUUUAAAGUGAUCAAGAAUGUCUCGAUUCUCACCGUGGUUUUACGACUUCGAUGAUUUCUACGACAACUGGUCCUCCAGGUGGUCCGAUCCCAACUUCGGCAUCAGCUUCCACCCCAGGGAGUUGCGAAGCGCCAGGACUCUUCCACGUCUCCUGAGGACUCCGUCUGGGUACACGCGGAACUGGUCUCUGUCCAAGACCAGCGACAGCAAGGACGAACCGAAAACGCCGGUGCUGAACGAGAAGGAUGGCUUCCAAGUGUGUCUGGACGUGCAGCACUUCAGUCCCAAUGAGAUCACCGUGAAGACUGUGGACAACUACAUUGUGGUGGAGGGAAAGCACGAGGAGCGCGAGGACGAUCAUGGACUCGUGUCCAGGCAAUUUGUCCGUCGCUAUGCUCUGCCCAAGGGCUUCAAUAUGAGCGAUGUGGUUUCGACGCUCUCUUCGGAUGGCGUGCUGACCAUCAAGGCGCCGCCAGUGAACAAAUCCGUGGAGAAUAAGGAGAAAGUCAUCCAGAUCCAGAUCACCGGUCCGGCUCAUCUCACAGUGAAGGACGACUCUAAGGCUGAGGAGACGCCAAAGGCCGAAUGCUAAACUUCAACACUCACCUUCUUGCCCUUUUUUGUACAACAUCAACUAUUUUCAUAUGCUCUUUUUUCAUAAUUUCAUAUGCUAAAAGCAAGAAAUCUUCACACCUUUUGUACUGAUGGAAAGAAUAUAUAGAUAAAUUUUCCACUUUUCACAUCCUGAUUUUCAGUCUCUCUCACGAUGCUCUCACCAUCAAAAUUGCGGUGUGUUUAUUCUUGAGGAAUUCAAAAAUAGACACUUUCACAGACAUUUCACGCCGUUGACGCUGAAGAGACACGCGAUGGGAAAUUCUGCGUGGGCGAAGGUGAAAAGUCUUCCAGAACUAUUUCAUUCAUUUAUCAGCGAGGCUAUAAAGCAAAACUGGGAGAGUGAUUAUAUAAGAUUAGCUCAAAUAUAUUUCAUGUAUGAAUGAAUCAUAGGAAAAUUCCUAGUCAACUAAGUUUUUGCACAACAAAAUUGUAAAUCGGUGUCUUGAAAAUUUAUUGGAAGAUUACGAAAGGGAGUACCUAUUGACUUUAAGAACUAAUCACGUGAAAAUUUAAAAUAUUUGCAUUCUUCAGAAAAUCUUGCAUAUUGAGCAUAUGCUCUAUGAGACCGUUGAAAUUAAAUUUACAAUGUUUCUUGCAAGAUUUCGUACUACAAUGUUGAAACAUUAUGUGUAAGUUGUCGCAAGAAAUUCAGCAUUUUGCGCCAAAAGGAAUUAAAAGAAAACACAGCUUUUUCAUUUUUGUUUACACAUUUUCUCUCAAUUAUUCAAUUAUUUUAUACACUUGUUUUGUUGCAUCUGCAAUGUAUAUUUGAUGAUAUUUACACAUUUCUCUCAUCUAAAACAUGAAAAUAGUCAAAAAUUUGCUAAAAGAAAAUUUGUGUGUAAAAUUACAGAGGAAUAAAUAAGAGUGAUUCUCCUUUCUA